AUGGCGGCGAAAAGCGAAACCAAUAUAAGUCCUCUCAAAGUCGCCAUUAUUGGCGGUGGUCCCGGUGGACUGGGUGCGGCGAUCGAGUUUAACAAAUUAGAAUAUGUCGAUUGGAAUCUUUAUGAGAAGAAGCCUGAAAUUAGCGAAACUGGCGGCGGCAUUAGCCUUCAACGCCAUACAUGGAGGCUUCUAGAACUGAUUGGAGCAGCCAAGAAUGUAGAUCCAAAUGAUUUCUUCAGAUCUCCAGACGGGACGAGCGGGCAAACAAGAAAUGGAAGAACUGGCAGACUCCUGGAGCAAAGCAGUCAUUCCUCAGACGUACCCCUCCAACAGCGGAGUUGCCGGAUGGUCCGGGCCAAGUUGCAAUCGGCAUUGCUUCAAGAUGUUGAUCAGUCUCGAAUCCACGUCUCGAAGAAGUUGACAGAUAUUGUCAAGCUCCCAAGUGGCAAAAUCCAAAUUAGUUUCGCAGACGGCUUCACAGAUGAAGUUGAUUUACUAGUUGGCGCGGAUGGUAUUAGAUCGUUUGUAAGAUCUUUUGCUUUCCCGGAACACAAAAUCAAAUACAACGGGCAGUCUGCGUACCGUACCAUCAUCAAUAAGCAAGCUGCCUUUGCCAUCGACGGCAUUCCCAAGUCCCCUGUUUUCUGGCAAAACACUGGGGGCAAGUAUGUCUUCACUUGCCCCCUCGGCGGGGAUGACUUUGAGGUCACAGCACGAAUUCGCCGACCAACCGAAGGCCAGGAGCACGUCAGCUGGGGUCGUCCUUUUGACUUUUCGACUAUCGCUUCGGAGUAUGACGAGUUCUGCGAGCCGGUUCGUAAAGUGAUCCAGCUCGCAGCGCAAGGAAAGACAGAGGAGUUCGCCUUGUUUUCAGGCCCACGCUUGGAUAGCGUAAUUUCACACGAUGCGCUGGCCUUGAUCGGAGACGCGUCCCACCCACUCUCCGGAGCCUUUGGUGCUGGUGCUGGGUUUGCUUUGGAAGACGUUUACGCGCUAACUCGAAGCGUUGACUUUGCUUGGAAGAAUGGCGAGGGAUUGAAGGCUGCGUUGCAGCUGUAUGAUCAAAUCAGAUCACCCCAUUACCGCGACUUGUAUGGAGUGUUGGACAAUUUCGCCGUAAUCAACACCAAACUAUUGGCAGAACAGCUUCCAGCCGACGAGGAGAUUGAGGAACGAGUUAGGCGAGCCAGUGAAAAGAAAGCUACCUGGAUGUAUCAUUAUGAGGUCGAUAAGGUGGUAGAAAAGCUUGUGGGUGGCGCUAGUCAACACGGCCAGCCUGCUGCACUCCUCUAG